AUGGUUACUGCAAAAGGGCAAAUGAAGGGAGAAGUUGCUAUAGAAGCUGCAGCAGAAGCAACAGCAGCAACAGCAGCAGCAGCAGAAGCAGCAACAGCAGCAACCACAGCAGCAGCAGCAAGAAGGGGGCCCCGUAGGGGGCCCCCCAGUGCAGCAGCAGCAUCGCCAAGGGUUACGAAGAAAGCAAAGGCAGAAUCUUUGCCUCCUGUUAACAAUGACUGUGACGCAUGCAGGAAGCUGCUGCUGCAGCAGCAGCAGCAGCCGCAGCAGCAGCAGCAGCAGCAGCAAAGUGCUUCUCCUGCUGCAGAUCAUUCACAGGGGAAGGAAGCUACAGGAGUAAAGGAAGACCCCCAUGCUUCUGGCACAGCAGCAGCAGCAGCAGCAGAAGCAGCAGCAGCAGAAGCAGCAGCAGCACCUGCUGCAACUACAGCAGCAAGCGAAUCGUCAGCAGCAACAGCAGCAGCAGGAGAAGCAGCAGGAGCAGCAGACGCAGUAGCAGGAGCAGCAGCAGAUGAUGAACACUUUGACCUAGAGAGGAAGCAGCAGCAGCAGCAGCAGCAGAAGCAAAAGCAGCAGCAGCCAACUAUCUUUUCCUUCUUCAAGGCUAAACCAAGUGAGAAGGAAAAGACCCCCGUAGCCAGCAGCAGCAGCAACAGCAGCAGCAACAGCAACAGCAGCAACUGCAGCAGCAGCAGCAGCAGCAACUGUAAGAAAGAGGUGGUGAUUCUCUCUGAAGACGAGGAAGACACCACAGCAGCAGCAGCAUCACAACCACCACCAUCACCACCCCCACCAUCAGCAGCAGCAGCACCACCAGCACCAGCAGCAGCAGCAGCAGCAGCAGCAGCAGCAGCAGCAGCAGCAGCAGCAGUACCUCGUAGUGGCUACGGUGUAUGGGUGAGCGAAGUGAUGUUACAACAAACACAAGUCAAGACUGCCAUCAAUUAUUAUUUAUUAUGGUAA